AAUACUAAACCCUAAGCACAGACCUAUAUAUCUAUAUAUUACAUAUCGGACCUAUAUAGCCUAUAUAUAUAUUAUAGGCCCUAUCUAGCUAGAUCUAGCCUAGGUCUGUGAUACAAAAAGUUAAACAUAAUCAGGAUAAUGUAAACAAAUAUUGAAAACAUGUUGCUUAAAGUCCUUGUGGUAAUUCUUUCUGUUCUGGUUGCUGGGAUUGCUAUCAUUUGUUAUACACCCCUGCCAACUGGAAUUCAUGAUCCUGUUAGAACAGAAUUGUUCAUGGGCUUGAUGAAACUUGUGACUUUUGUGAUGAAAAUCAGAAAGUUUUUUGGGUAUGGUAGUUUUCUGAAUAAUGUGAAAAUAUUACAAAAUUCUAUCAAACUUGAAGGAGUUUUACCAUCAGCAAAGCAUGGGGAUGUUCAGGUGACAAGGGAAGUAAUUGAAAAUGUACCUGUCAUAAUCUACAGACCUAACACUGCAUCAGUUGUGUCCCCUGCUAUGGUGUAUUUCCAUGGUGGUGGAUGGGUUUUGAUGACUGCUGAUGAUUAUGACUCCACAACAUACCAUUUUGCAAAGGAAACUAAUAUAGUGGUUAUUAGUGUUGACUAUCGAAGAGCACCCCAGUUUCCAUUUCCUGUUCCAGUGCAAGAUUGUUUAGUAGUUACACGAUAUUUUUUGAAGAAUGGUCUACAGUUUGGUAUAGAUGUGAGCAAAAUAGGAGUUGGGGGUGACAGUGCUGGAGGUAAUUUGGCUGCUGCAGUAGCACUGGCACUCACCAGGGAGAAGUCUGGACUACCCUCACUCAAGUUUCAGGUGUUAUUAUUUCCAGUGUUGCAGGCUUUUGACUUAAGACUACCAUCUUAUGUGGAUAUGAAUGACUCUAUGCCCAUACUGACCACCAGAAUUAUGGCAGCUUAUAAUUCUUUGUAUUUGGGACUUGAGGAAGAUAAUACAGAGUAUUAUUCUUGGCUCAUGAGUGAAAAUCAACAUAUCCCUCCUGAAAUGAGAACUUCAAAGUUUGCAGACUUUGUUAGUGUUAAAAACUUACCGAAAAUGUUCAGAACAGCCAACAGAACAGCCACAGAGAUUACAGCCUCUUAUGAUCAAGAUGUAUACAACAAAAUUAAAGACAUCAUUGUGGAUCCACUUUUUUCACCAUUGAUGUCUCCAGACUUGACAGGACUGCCAACUACAUUUAUACAUGCAUGUGAGUUUGAUGUUCUGCGUGAUGAGGCAAUGAUCUACUCUAAAAGGCUUCAAGAUGCUGGGGUUAAGGUGAAAUUUCAUUUUGGUCAUGGGGGCUACCAUGCGGAUAUUCUCCGAAUGGCUCCAGACUUUUUGUGGUCUGAAAGUGGCAGAGUCGCUUUUUCUGCAGUCUGUAACUUUAUCACUUCUGUAGUUCAAAAGUAGCUUAGUUAUCUAGGUUUGUAUCUUAUUAUUUACAAAACAAUAUAUAAGGAUAAAUAAUGAAUGGGCUCUAAAGUUAUUCCUAUAUUGCUACGCUUAUGACUGAAAACUCAUUUGAGUUAAUCUUAUUCAGACCUGAUGGUUAUUGUGACUAAGCACUUAUUGAGACUGAAUCCUUAAGUAACAUAACAUUUUCCCCAUACAGUUAUUGUUUAUGUAAUUUUACCCAGUGAUAAUGACAGAAAUGAUAGUAUUCCAUUGUGUCUCAAUUUACUAGAAUCCAUUGUAUUCCUAGUUAAGUGGCGUCAAUGUUAAUUUUGCCCUCUACUUUUUGUUUAAUAAUUCAAAUAAAAUCCAUCAGGGUCUGCUAAAAUGUAAAGGUAAGCUAUCUUAAAAAAAAAUACAAAAAAGGGGAUGCUAUUGUUUUUUUUAUAGAGUGUAAUGGCCAAUGGAAAUUUCUGUUAAAUUCUUUCAUUGAGUUACUUCGCAAGUGCUGGCGAGUAGGGCAUUAUCCUCAGAAAGUAACUUAGUAUAUGAUAUUUGUUUCACUGUAAUAUUAAAAUUUUAUUGUCCUUUUUUUAUAUUCAAAAUGGGAGAAUCAUUUUUCUUUGUCUUUGGUUAUAAUUGAAUAAGAUAAGAUAAGAUAAAUUUUAUUGGUCCAAUCGAAUGGAAAUUCAUUUUGACUACAAUUUGACCACCUCAGCAUAACUACUGUAACAAUAACAAGAUGCUGAAUCUACAAGUUAAAAAAAAAACAAACAACAACAUUGUUUUAGUGAUGCUUUUUUUUUUAACUCUUUCUCUCUGUUAUUAUUUUCCACAUUCCAAUGGAAUUAUAAAUUUUGCUCAUUUGUGUUUCACUACCAUGUUAUGAUUAACCUUAAAACGUUUUUGUAUCCAAUCACAAAAUGUUAUAUUAGGUAUAUGAUUAUAGAAAAAUGCGAGCUCUUUUUAUAUAACACAAAUUAAAGUUUAUAAAACCAAAACUUAAUUUAAUUAAAUGGGGUUGAAUCAACGUUGGUAUCGUCAGUUAGGAGAGAAAGAGUUAAUGUAUUUCACUGGACCCAAAAAACUAAACUGAAUAAUACAAUAUCAUAGUGUGUUUGUUAAUCUUUAUAAGUAACAAAUGUGUUUAGUUUGUGAUUUUUUUAUAUUUAUGGAAUUAAUGUAUACUUAAUUGGUUAAAUCUUUCAGCAAAUUGAUUUUUUGAGGAUUUUUUUUUAUGCAUUUCCUUUUUUUGUGCUCAGUUUAAACUUAAUUUCAAAAAUAUUUUCUAGAAUUUUUUAUUUUAUUAAUUAAGCAUUUUUUGCCUAUUCAUUUUCCUUUAAACUAAAUAAAAUCAAGUAUGUCAGUUUAUACAAUGAAAUAAACAAAAAUAUGUUAGCUGUAGUAACACUACCUCCUUGCAGAUUUUUGCUCGCCUUGGAAAAUUUCAUUUUUUACUGGAAGAGUUAAGCAAAAUAAAUCAUUGUCUAAAAUAUAUAUAAAAAGCAACAAGCACAAUAAUUCUAAAGUAUGGCCAUUCAUUUGAUUUCUGGCAACUUAAAUAUAUAAUUGUCAAGUUGCUAUGCAAAUAAGGAAGCAGAUUUGUCUGGACUUCUGCUCAAAAAUGUAUUAAAGAAAAAAAACUUUAUUUUAAGAGUUGCAAACAUUCAAAAUAUUUCUCAUACCAUUAUAUAUUUUUUAUAGUUUGUGUUUUUCACUAAUUUUAUUAUAUAUAUAUAUAUAUAUUCGACAACUUAUAAAAGCUUAAAUAUAUGAUCCAUGUGCUCUGUAACAAUAUGUGCUCUUAUGGUGUAGGAAAAUUGUUUUUUUCUGUUUUUGUCUAACCAGUGCUUUUUUUGUGACGGUACGUACUGAUACACAUACCUUUUUCAUGUGGAGGAAAAAUGAUUACUUUUCUUACAUUUUAACAUAUAUUAUUAAUUUAUUAGUAGUUUAAAGUUAGGCAAUUCAUCACUGAGUACCGGCACCUAUUUUUUUUUUUUUUACAAAAAAAGCACUGAUAAUAACAUAUUUACAUUUUCUAAUAAUACCAUUAUGAUGAAGUAAAAAUUGAUGCUGAAAGAUUUGUUAUUGAUGUUGACAUUGUUUGAAAUCCAUAUUAAUUUUUAAUGAGCCCAAACCUGUACAUAACAUUAGUCUUAUACUGUUAAUCACACCAUGCAGUAGUGGAUCAGCCACUUAGUGGGACAGAUUCCUAAACUACAAUAACAUUCUCGUUAUGCAGAAAAUAUUCAAUCAAUUGGACCAGCUGGGUUUUUGAGUAACAAAAUGAUUGUCUGGUCUGAUGAACUGUUAUCAGCUGUAGUUCACUUUAUGCCAUAUUAUAUGUAUUUCCUAAUAACUGAGGGGCUUAAUGGUAAAAUGGUUGGCUUCCAAUCUAUGAAAUUCAAGGUCUUGAAUGUCAGUGAAGAUUGGGCUUUUGAAUUUAGAGAUUUAUUUGAUGCGCCUGAGUCCACCCAUCUCUAAUGGGUACCUGACAUUAUUUAGUCCGUAGCCGUAGAAACAGAUGAGUUUCACUAUAUAUGUCACUACACUAUAUUGUAGUAAGGUCUGAACGGGAUACUUUUUAGUACUGUAACUGACUGGAUUUUAAAGGAAGAAAGGAAGUACUAUUUACUUACAACUUUCUUCAGAAUUAUGGUUGUUAAGUAACUCUUGACUGUUUUGUUACACAGUGCACCGUUUACAAAGUAUUUUGUUGAAAAAUUUGUAUUAACUAUUUUAACUUUUAUGUAUUUUUAUUUCACUA